AAGAAAAACACCUUGUUAUAAUAAUAAUUUAAAAAAGGUAAAAUCCUUGACCACAAGAGAUUUUAUGUGCCUUUUAGCUUAACGGCAAGUAAAAUUCACAACUCUUGUACGUGCUAUGAGGAACUAGCCUAAAGGAACAAAAAAAUGCCAACCGCGUUGUCCUCUGCUUCCAGCCUCGUAGAGACGGAGUUUCAGUCACCGCUCUUGCCGCCGGAUGAUGAAGCCAUACCGGAGAAACAGUGCAUCGACGAGAUGUUGCAGAACUAUUGCGGGGAGUUUGGGCGGUGGCAGCAGAAGCACUUUGUAUUGACGAGUCUCGCGUGGGCAUUGGAAGCAUUCCACACUAUGGUCAUGAUAUUCGCCGACCGUGAACCGGAAUGGAGGUGUCUUGACGGUGUUGCCGGUUUGGGUUGCGACUCUGGAGGUAAGAGUGUGUGCAAAUUUGAACCGGGUUCGUGGGAAUGGGUCGGAGGGACGGGUUCUUCGACGGUCGCAGAAUGGGGUUUAGUUUGUGCUGAUAAGUUUAAGGUUGGACUUGUUCAAGCCGUCUUUUUUGCCGGCUGUAUGAUCGGUGCUGGAAUAUUUGGUCACCUAUCAGAUUCAUUUCUAGGAAGAAAAGGGUCUCUCACUGUGGUGUGCAUCUUAAACACCAUCUUCGGCAACUUAACAGCAUUCUCCCCUACUUACUGGUCCUACUUCACCUUCCGCUUCCUCACCGGCUGCAGCACAGGAGGCGUCGGCCUCUGCGCCUUCGUCCUCGCCACAGAGCCCGUUGGUCCCUCAAUGCGUGGCGCUGCCGGCAUGUCCACCUUCUAUUUCUUCUCCUCAGGCAUUGCUUUCCUCUCAGGUAUAGCAUAUAUCUUCCCAACAUGGCGUCAACUAUACAUAGCCUCCUCUAUUCCAUCUCUCUUAUUCCUCCUCUUUGUCCUCCCCUUCAUCUCUGAGUCUCCUAGAUGGUACCUUGUUCGAGGACGAAUCAAAGAAGCUAUGAACGUCAUGAAAACUAUAGCUACCUCUAACGGUAAUCACCUUCCACGCCGAGUCCUUCUUACUCUCGACGAACAAUCAUCAUCUUCAUCAUCAUUAUCACUAUUGUCACAAUCUUUGUCUUCAUAUGAUAACACGGAAGACAAAGAUGCUCUCACAAGCUCUCUGGUGGACGUUAUCCGUUCACCAGUUACACGGGUACGGUUGAUUUUAGCAAUUAGCAAUAAUAUCAACUUGUUAUGCUCGGUUGUGUAUUACGGUCUAAGCUUGAACGUGGUAAACUUAGAAACAAAUCUUUACCUGAAUGUUAUACUCAACGCGGUGGCGGAGAUGCCGGCAUUCAUGAUAACAGCGAUAUUGUUGGAUAAGUUAGGAAGGAAGCCAUUGACAAUAGGGACAUUAUGGUUUAGUGGAUUUUUUUGUUUUGCGGGGAGUUUGAUGAGAAAUAAGGGGGUGUGGAAAGGAGUGAAAAUGGUGUGUGGAAUAUUGGGAAUAUUUGGAAUGGCAGGGACUUACAACUUGCUUUUUAUUUACACGGCAGAGUUGUUUCCAACUGUUGUUAGGAAUGCUGCACUUGGGUGUGCUACACAGGCAGCACAAAUGGGUGCUAUAUUGGCACCGAUUGCUGUCGUUUUGGGUGGAUCGUGGCCGUUUGCUCUGUUUGCUCUCUGUGGAAUAGUUGCUGGGGUUUUUGCGUUUUAUCUGCCUGAGACACUGAAUCAACCACUCUAUGAUACACUCAUUGGAAUGGAGGCGGACCAAAAUCGUACCUCUGCUACUGCUACAGUAUGACUCUCAUUGAAAUAGGAUAUAUCUUUUUCUUCCUUUACUCAUAUUUCGUUUUAAUUGUUCUUAAUAUAAACUUUGGUUGUGUAAAUUUUGAGUUUUACAUUAUUUGUUGUUAUACAUGUCAUUUUGUUGGAAUGUCUAUGUAGCCUGUGUCUUUUAAUUGAUUUUCUCUAUAUUAUUGUAAUAUAUUAUGGCUUUGUUCUUUUUAAAA